AUGGCAAUUCCUCCUCGCUCCUUGACCAUCAUUGACGGUGAAUUUCAACGCCUAAAAGGCAUCAAAGAGAUAUGCUUUGAUGAAGACAUUAUGGCAUUUCUUCAGGAUGCACAGGCAACACUCAAAUACAAAGGGAUAUACAACCUGCGAGGACCUUUCAAAAGGUCUCUCAUUCACUAUGCUGCAAUGGGUGACUGUGCCGAGCUCCUUCUUUAUCUCCUCCAAGAUGGGACAGCCAAAGAUGACCUCGAUCAGAACAAGCGGACGCGACACUAG